AUGACUACUUUGAUGUGGAGAAAAUUGGAUUAUCUUAAUAAAAUACCUGAAAAUUAUAAAGCUGGAGAUAAAAAAGAAUGUGCUAAUUUUUUUUUAAAAAAAUUAAACAAGAAAUUGUUGGAAUAUGACAAUGUUAGAACAAUAGAAGUAGGAAGUGGCAAACAAAUGGACACUGAAAAUACUUCAGUUGAGAAGCUUAAUGAUGAGAUUCAUUUCACCAAUCCAAGUAAACAAAUGUUAAUAAGGACAUUCAAAAUACCUGAUGAUUUUAAUUUGGAUCAAGUAGAAAGUUCAGUGAUGAGAUACUACUAUCUAAGGGUUCUACAAAUGGGCCAACAGAAUCAUUUGGCAUCUAUAGAUAUUAUGG